AUGUCUGAAUCUGUAUCACAGCCACAAAAAGUUGCUUCUGUUGCACAAGUUGAGGAUGACAACUUUGAAUUUCUGAUCGACGGUUCUACUAUGAGUUCGUCAUACCUGAUGCGCGGCUGCAAACAUCCACAUAAAGUGUACUUCCACCACUACUGCAAAGAGAACAUCCCAAUUGUGAAGAGCCCUCUAAAAGAAAACGGUGUUUCUCUGUAUGAUACGUACCUUACUGACAAUACUGAGGCAUUGGGACAAUUUCAGACGCGUGGAAUCAUUUUGUUGAAAUUGAAUAGCAUUGCGAGAGGUAAUUCGAUCAUUCAACCGCAAACAAUUGAAUUGCUCAUAAAAUUAUACGAGUGCGACAUUCUUCCGUUGACACCAAAACACACGCAAAACACAAUUUCGGGAAAUACAUAUCAUAUCGCGGCGAUCGGGAAAGCACUUUAUGGGGCAGGGGAUGUGAUGUACAAAGGAGAGAAGAUGAGCUGUGCAGAGGCUAUGACGAAGGAAGGUCUUAAACCUGUUGUAUUAGAGGAGAUGGAAUUUGACACGUUUUUGAAUGGAAAUGAGAAGAAUGUGAUGGACGUGUGUCGGUACUCAGACAUCCUUUAUAAUACAUUUGAAGCCCUCGCAAUCAAUCUCGUUAUAGUGUGUAAGAGAGAAGGAUUCCUUGUUGGAGACUUGGCACCACUUAAGAAUUUCUCCACAAAAGGCCCAACGAAAAUUGGGUAUUUGUUUAGAGAUGCUCUGACCGUCAAAGCUAAAAAACACCAAAAAGACGCUGAUAAAAAGUGUGAUAAAGAAGUCCAAAAAAGUGAUAAAAUGGAAGAGAAGCGCGCUGAGGGAGACAAAGAGGAGAAGAACGUAACAAACCCAACUAUUUUUGACAUGAUCUGUUCGUUGGGAAAAAUAUACGACGUAUUUAACAUGGACAAAGAGCUAAUAAAGAACGAGAUAAAUAUGAUGCGUGUUGGGACUUACGCAACCAAAACGCGUGAAGGUUCAAACACUUUCCCAAUGAAGUGGGGCAUUGGAAAUUACUGUGAUGUCGUUAGGAGACAGCUCAUUGGCAUUUCAAAGGACCUGGUUCUCUUCUGUAAAUCAUAUGGUGGAUAUGUCAAAUUCGGUACAUUAGCGGUGGAAGAGGAGAAAACUUCUGAAGAGAAGUCCCCUUAUUACAAACUCAAAAUGACUGUGGAAAAGUCGCUCAAAUGUGUCGCUCGUUUUGCCGAUCUCAAUCUCGGGAUUGCAAUUUCAGAAAAUGACAACAUGAGGUUAAAUUCCGUUUUCGAAAACCUCAAAAAUAUUGGAGCUGAAAAACUCGAAUACUCAAUUCGUUUUGGCGAUUUUAGAAAGACUCUCAAAGAACAACAUCUUACUCUUUAA